UUCUCACAUAUGUUGAACUAGUGAAUCCUGUUUCUGAACCUACUGGAGAUACUCAGAAUUCAUGGGAAGUAACAUCUUUGAAUCUGAAGACUCACAGCCGUAGUAUUGACAGAUUUGAUUCAGUUAUUGUCUGUAAUGGCUUUAGGCCAUGUUAAGAAGCCAGGAAAAUAACGUGUCUAGAGAAGUUAGAGAUCUUUCUUGGAAUGGCUUGGGUGUGGCAAAGUAAUCUGUUCAUUAAGUUUUCUUUCAACUUGAUGGAAAAAUAUCUAAAAUCUGCUUCUACAAAACUAAAGCUCACAUUAUUAACAGCUGGUGGUUGCAGUUUAUGUCUCAGAAUGGGUUACUGGUAGUGUGCUGCAGGGGUCAGGGACUCCUGUUAUUUGUUAGUUGGAUAAAUGAUUUGGAAGCAAAUGAACAAAAAUUGAUCAGUAAUCAAAUAAAUCAGUCCAUCAGUACUAAUCAACAGUUUUUGAACCUGGUCCUCUGUACCUUUCUCCUUUACUUCCUCAUUGAGAGAUAACAGCCAGUGCAGAUCGCAAAUAAUAUCUCCUCCUUGCUGACAACCAGUACAGGCACACCUCAAGGAUGCGUGUUUCACCCACUGCUCUACUCUGCCUUAACACAUGACUGUGUGGCUAAGCACAACUCUUAAACACCAUUUAUAAAUUCACCAAUGAUACUAUAUUUCAUUAGGAGCUUGAAAAGAUUUGGUAUGUCACCAAAGACUCUAGCAAAUUUCUACAGAUAUACCAUGGGGAGCAUUCUAACUGGUUGCAUCACCAUCUGGUAUGGUGGGACCACUGCAUAGGAUCAGAAAAAGCUGCAAGAAGUUGUAAACUCAGCCAGCUCCAUCAUGCGCAUGAGCCUCCCCAGCACCAAAGACAUUUCGAAAGGCGAUGCCUUAAAAAGGUGGCAUCUUUCUUUAAGGACUCCUGUCACUCAGGAUAUGCCCUCUUCUCAUUGCUACCAUCAAGAAGGAGGUACAGGAUCCUGAAGACAUGCACUCAACGUUUCAGUAACAGCUUCUUCCCCCUCAACCAUCGGAUUUCUGAAUGGACAAUGAACCCAUGAACACCUCAGUAUUUUUCCGUCUCUUUUUGCACUACUUAUUUAAUAUAUUUUUAUAUAUACAGUACUGGAGUUUAUAUUACUAUGUAUAGCAUUGUAAUGCUGCUGCAAAGCAACAAAUUUCACAACAUUCAGUAUGCCAUGGAUAAUAAAUCUGAUUUCUCAAUCUCACUGUGCAUGCAUACCAGUGAAUGACAAUAAACUCAAACUUGAACUUAAAUGAAAAAAAGUACAAGGAUGUUCCUGAAGCUGGAGGGCUUGAGUUAAGAAGAGAUACUGGAUAAACAGAAGCUUUUUUCCAUGGACAGUAGAAGGCUUAAGGAGUGAUCUUACAGAGGUAUAUAAAAAGUUGUCCCUUAGGUUCCUUGUAAAUCUUUUCCCUUCAUCCUAAACUUGUGCCCCCUAAUUUUGGACUCCCCUACCCUGGAAAAGACUGUUGCCAUCUACCUUAUCUAUACCUCUCAUAAUUUAAACAUUUCUGUAAGGUUGCUGCUCAUUCUCCUAUGUAAGAAUAAAGCCGUGGCCAGGCCAAUCUCUCCCUACGCCUCAGGCCUGGCUAGGGCUUUAUUCUUUAGAACAUAGGAGAAUGAGCAGCAACCUUACAGAAAUGCCUAGACUGCAACAUUAUUGUAAUACUUUUUUCUGCAUUCUUUCCAGUCUUUCCUCCAAAAAAAUUACAAAGAACUCCGAAGUGCAGUGUCACCAAUGGCUAAUGUAACUGCAACAAAAUGUCCUAACGACAAUACUCAGUGCUCUAACAGAUGAAGGUCAGCUUAUUGAAUGCCUUCUUCAUCACCAUGUCUACCUGCCACACUGCUUUCCAUGAACUAUGUAAUUGUAGUCUGAGGACCUGUGUCUUAUUACUCCCCAGUGCUCUACCAUUCAUAGGUCAAAUCUGACACUAGUAUGACUUCAAAGUGUGUCAUCUAACACUUAUCUGUAUUGAAUUCCAUUUGCUGCUCCAUGGCCCAAGUUAAAAAGCUUCAGUCUAUCCAACUGAUAAAGAUCCCUCUGUAAUCUAUCAUAACCUUCUUCACCAUCGACACCUCCCAAUUUCAUGAUAGAAUGUGACUCAGGUUUAUUAAUGCUGACAUGUCAUGAAUUUUGCUUUGGGCAGCAGUACAGUGCAAUACAUAAAAUUACUAUAAAUUACAAUAAAAAUAUAUAAAAAAUAAAUUAGUGCAAAAAGGGUGCAAAAUAGUGAGGUAGUAUUCAUGGACACUAGAAAUUUGAUGGUAGAAAGGGAAGUAGCAGUUCUUAAAAUGAUGAAUGUGCAUCUUCAUGUAUUGGAUGUGGAGGCUCUUGGAGUGGUAGGUGAAGACAAGAGGAACCCUAUCCCUGUUAAGGCAGCAGGAAGAUAGGGUGAGUUCAGAUGUCUGGGAAAUGGAGAAGGUGGAGGAAGGGAAACCCCGUUCUUUUAAGGAGGAGGACAUCUUUGAGGUCCUGGAAAGCCUUAUUCUAGGAACAGAUGUGGUGCAGAUGAAGGAACAGGAGACGGGGGUGGAAAGAGGUAUAGUCAACUUAUCCAUGGGAAUUAGUAGAUUUAUAUAUUUAAAAAAUUGGUAGACAGUUACAAAAUAACGUUCCUCUGGACCAAAGUUCACAACUCAGUUCACGUAACUCACACACAACAGAUGAAGUAAUAUUACCACAAAUAAAUAGACAAAUGAAAUGUUUUCCAGAAGCUAUAUUCCAUUUACUAUAACUAUAAUAGCGCCUAAGCUGGUAUUCAAUAACGUUAUCUAUAUACUGCAUGGCUUACCUUUGAUUGAUCAUCAGAAUGGAAUAGGACUAUUGUGUUGGAGGAUAAUAUCCUUGGACUUUGUAUUGUUCCUUGUGGUGAAAAAAUUAAAAUUAGUUUUUCUUAUUACAGCAUACACAGAUUAUAAUUAAAUAAUAAGUUACCUCUUGAUGUUUACUUUUGGGCACUGUCAGAAAUUCACAAGGCUUCUGAUAAAUAAGUAUUUCAACUAGUUGGGUUGGGAUUCAUCAUUAUAGCUGAACGGCCAACUAUGUUCAUUUAUUCAGUUAAUGUUUGUAAGUGGCAUUCACCAGCAUCUUCUAAUAAUCAUGGACUCUUUUGCUAUUUGAAUUCUACCAACCAGAAGAGACAAUUGUUGACUGCAGACAAUACGUUCUGUAGUACCUGGAACAAGAAUUACAUUAUUCUCAGGAAGACUUAACUGGUGCAAUUUCAUUAAAAACAAACUGUAACCUGUUUGUCUGUUAAUUCCUACCACUUCUCUGAACCUCAUGCACGUUAAAGGAAUAAUUUAUUUUGUUAAAAUGGAAGUAAUUGCUUCACAUUGAAUAAUUUAUUCAAAUCUACUCACUUGCUCAAGAUCAAAGUUGAAGCUGUGUAUGCUCAUGUGGGUCAAAACUCUUCCUGUCUUUUUGUGAUAUAGGUGAUGAAACUCUUUUCCUGAUACAUUUACAGUUGCAUUGGUGUGUCUUCUGAAGUUGUGUAUUACCCUUCAAUUUCAUUACUUUUCUUGCCUAUUUCCAUCCUGCUCUCUCCCUUCACAUGGUUAAGCUAUGACUGUUCCCUUUUUCUAGAUCUCACUGUCUAUGUCUCAGGAGAAAGGUGAACUUUCAACAUCCAUUACAAACUUACUGACUCCUACAGCUGUCUUGUAUGCUCUUAAUACUACCCUGCCUGUAAGGACUGUACAAAAGUCCCAUUUCCUCCAUCUUCAUCAUAUUUACUCCAAUGAUUGAACUUCCCAUACAGAUCCCUCUGAAAUAGUUUUUAUUUCCUAACCACAGCUCUCCAUUGUUAACAAAGUCCUUGACCACAUCUUAUCCAUUUCUAAUCUCAACUCCUUCACCACCAGGAUAGAUUUCCCCUUGUCAACACCUUUCAUCCCACUAGCCUUCACAUUUAACAGUUCAUUCUCUGCACUUUAAAGAGAUUCCACCAUCAAAUGUUUUCCUUUUUCCUCCUCAAUAAUUUGCACAACUAUUCCCUUCAUGACUUCCUGGUCCUCUCUUCCAUUCCCAUGGGCCACCCCUUUAUAAGGCACUUACCUUUGUAAAUACAGGCAAUACAAAUCAAAGUCUUCUCACGUUUUUCCUUCCCACCAUCCAGUGACCCAGUCUUUACAGGUGAAGCAGCAGUUCACUUGCACUUCUUCUAAUUUAGUUUCCUGUAUUUGAUGUUCACAAUGAAGGAAUGCAGAUAGGGCAUUAACUUUGCAGAACACCUGUAUUUCAUCCAGAGUAGUGACCCUCAGCUUCCUGUUGUUGCCUGCCACUGUAGUUCUCCAUCCCACUUCCACUCUGAUUAUUGGCCUGUCCUGUCAGAGUGAAGCCAACAUAAUUUUUAGGAAUGGCACCUCACCUUCCUUCUGGAUGCAGUUUUGAAUUGUACAACUUAAGGUAACUUGAAGUUUCAGUCUGUGUCAAUCAUCCAUCCAUUUGUUUUAUUAGAAUGGCUUGCUUCUAUUCUCUGAGAAUGAAUUGCAAGCCUAGCCUGGCUCACUGGGCUUGUCUUCCUGCUCUACAUUUUGCAACUUCCACAUCCUCCCAUUUGCUCACUGACUGACCAGGUAACUUUGUUUGCAGCUUAUUCCUGUAGUUGUACCAUCCUCCCUGAUGGUUUUGUCUCUGGGUUCUGAGGAAGGGUCUCUACCUAAAUACUUAACUGUAUCUCUUCCCACAGGUGUGGCCUGACUGGCUAAUUAUUUCCAGCAUUUUCUGUUUUUUUUUGUUUAAAGUCUUUUAUUGUGUUCCAAAAUUGUUCAAAAUUAACUUUUUGUCAAUUGUAAAGAAAACGCGUGUCCAGAUGGUGUCUCUCCCGUUUACACUUUACCUCUAACAAAACAGACUAUCAAUCAGUUUGGAUGAUUGCCAACACAUCGAAUUUGAUAAGCUUUGAAAAUAUACACGCAAGAACAAAUUGCACACUAUCAAUACAAAAAAGGGAAAAAGAGGUUAAAUAUAGAGGACUGUGGGUUAACAUUCCUAAGGAAAAGUUAUUAUUUUAAGCCAAUAUGAUUUGCUGACAAUAGGCCGGAAGGGAAACAGUAGACCUAAUUAGACUGCGAAUUUCAGGCGACACACCACGAACACAUUUUUUUGAUUAAAGCCAAUGUCAAACCCCCCCCCCCCAAAAAAAAAACAAAGCCAGCAUUGCACCGGAGAAAAAUUAUAAUUUGCAGAUAAUGUAACAGCCAAACAGCCGGCCAACUAGAAUAAUCUUAUUCCGCCUCAAGGCCGCUUUGUCCUUAUUGAUUAAUGCAUCAUUUAGCAACGUGCAAAUCCACACACAUACAAUGUAUUCGGAACUUGUUUAUGCAAUCGACGGGUAUAUAAGUCAUUAAAAGAAGUAAGCAGAAAUACUAUGGUACUGUAUCCACAAAUGCAACCUGCCGUUCUCAACACCAAUUGUAUCAUCUGGUGAUUGUACCCACAGUAUUUCAAUAAAUAACAUAUUGUCUUUUAUUGGACCCUCCCUUCUAAUUGAUGCGAAAGCAGUGAACGUCCAGCUGUACAAUAACAAAAUGUGAAUCAAUUCGACGUCAAAAAUACUAAAUAUUAAAUGUAAAGCUAGACGAACUUAUUUCAAAAUAACAUUUUCACGUUAUGUAUGUAUAUACACACACAUAUACAUAAAAUAAACCAUUGAUACAAGAUUUAAGUAUAAUACCAAAUUUCCGAUGUAAAUGAUCGCAGGAGCCCCAUUUUCGACAUAACUAGCUGGCGCUGAUCAUUUUCUGAAGGCUCGGCGUGGCUUUGAAAUAUCCGAUGUUGAGAGAUUAGCCUGGUCUCUACAGCAGUAACAGAUCCGAGCAAUGGGAUUCUCUAAGAGUGCAUGAAUGUUACGCAAGUUCCUGCGCCUUCAAUUUAUCGAGAAGGGUUGAGAGGAGACCUGUUCCCUUUAACGGGGUUUUAUAAACAGAGCCAUCAGGAAGGACUCAGGAGCGGGAGAGAGUGCAUCUCCGCAAUCCCUUGAUUCAGCAACAUCCACUCCAGACUGCUCAGAAUACACAAGCAUCCUCCCUCCAGCAUAAGAGCAAUGGUGCAAGAUUGGAAAAAAACAUCAGGUCUGUUGUUUUUCUCUUGAGGUGUAGAGACGCAUUGCUGUGCCAAAAGGCGUAAUCCUAACCAACUGAAUAUCGGCGAUUCUUUAGAAGAUUUCCUUAUAAAUAUGCCAGCAUUUCUGAAUAAUUAUCGAAGACGGUCGAAUCCCAGAUGACUGGAUUUUGCUAGUAACCAACCGUUGGUUAAUUUUUAGUGGACCCGUCACGUUUGUUGAAGGCGUUGCUUGUCUUUUUUUUCUUUCUUGUUUGUUUUUGUUUUGUCCGAUUUAGUAGUCCAAACGCCUUCUUGCUCUGAAUUGUGAUCCUCAUUUCAUGCAUGUCCAGGGGUGGCAGGUUCGAUUUUGAUGAUGGAGGGUCGUAUUGUGGAGGUUGGGAAGAUGGCAAGGCUCAUGGACAUGGCAUCUGCACCGGCCCAAAGGGGCAAGGAGAGUACGCGGGAUCUUGGAGCCAUGGUUUCGAGGUGGUGGGUGUAUAUACCUGGCCAAGUGGUAAUACUUACCAAGGGACAUGGGCACAAGGAAAGAGACAUGGUAUUGGAGUGGAAAGCAAGGGAAAGUGGGUCUACAAAGGAGAAUGGUGCCAUGGAUUCAAAGGACGAUAUGGGGUCCGGGAGAGCAUUGGCAGCGGAGCCAAGUAUGAGGGGACCUGGAACAAUGGGCUACAAGAUGGAUACGGAACAGAGACCUAUAGAGAUGGAGGUACCUACCAAGGUCAGUGGGUUGGAGGAAUGCGACAUGGGUAUGGUGUGCGUCAAAGUGUUCCCUAUGGGAUGGCUGCUGUUAUCAGGUCUCCUCUUAGAACUUCUAUUAACUCUCUAAGAAGUGAACACAGUAAUGGUACAGCAAUGCACCCAGACACUCCAGCUGGUAGUCCUGCAGGGUCAAGGGGGGGCUUUGUUCUCACUAUGCAUAGUGACAAUGAUCUUCUUACAGCCAAAAACAAAAAAAAGGGAAUCUUUCGCAGAUCCCUUUUGAGCGGGCUGAAACUCCGGAAAUCCGAAUCCAAAAGCUCCUUGGCCAGCCAAAGAAGCAAGCAGAGCUCAUUCCGAAGUGAAGCUGGAAUGAGUACAGUCAGCUCCACGGCCAGUGACAUCAACUCCACAAUUAGUUUUGGUGAAGGGGAAACAGAUUUGUCAGUCAUUGAAGAUGAUAUAGACGCAACGACAACAGAAGUGUAUGUGGGAGAAUGGAAGAAUGACAAACGUUCCGGCUUUGGGUUAAGCCACCGAUCUGAUGGCCUGAAAUUCGAAGGGGAGUGGCUCAGCAACAAGAGACAUGGUUAUGGAUGUACAACCUUUCCAGAUGGAACAAAAGAAGAGGGCAAAUAUAAACAAAAUGUAUUGGUGAGUGGGAAGAGGAAGAACCUGAUUCCUCUACGGACAAGUAAGAUUCGAGAGAAAGUGGAUAGGGCAGUGGAAGCAGCUGAACGGGCUGCAGCUAUUGCCAAACAGAAAGCUGAGAUUUCUGCAUCCAGGACAUCUCAUGCCAGGUCAAAAUCGGAGCUUGCUGAUACAGCUGCUCAAAAAGCUCAGGAUGAGGCGCAGCUUGCCAGGGUCACUGCCAAAGAGUUCUCACCGUCCACACAACAACCAGGCAAUGGAAUUGAGUAUCAAAGGCCAACACUCCAGAAUUCAGCUGAGAAUGAGAUAGACAGAAUUUCCUCAGAAAGUCCCCCCCUGGAGGAGAGUCCAGAGCUCUACAGGAAAGGAACAACUCCUCCAGAUCUCACCCCAGAACUCAGCCCUGUGCCAAGCCGGUCAUCCACCUCACCAUCCAACUCACCACCAAAGUACAGGAAAAAGAACGCAAGGCUUGUUCGACAGAUGAACACGGAAUGUGACAAGGGACAAGACAUUCAGGUGUUGCUGGAAGGAGGAAGGGGUGAAUAUCCAAGGUCUACCCACUGGAACGAUAAGCAGCGAUCGGGCAAUCGUAGAGGAGGAAGCAGAGGCAGCAGCAGCUUAAAUACAGCUUCAAUAUCUGAGGAGAUCAGGGGAAGAGGUAAUGAAUGCAAAUAUAAUCACAGACCCACUGACAGAAAAGGGACAGAGUCUCCAACUUUCUCAUGGACAUCCUAUCGGUUGCAUAAUCAUGAUUCAAGUAACCAGCUGCAUGAACAGGAUGAAGAAAAACUUAGUAAUUAUGAAAUGGAAAUGAAGCCCCUACAACGCAUGGAUUCCUAUGUACAAGACACAUUUUCAGAACAACACUACAGUAACCUCAGCUCCAGAAACAUGAUGGAAGACUACCAUCCAGAUUUCCUUAGCUAUGGAGUGCAGAGGCUAAAGCCCACAAUGCAAAAUAAAGAGAACUACAUACUUAUGUCUCCCUCUGAGCCCAAUGUCCAGAGGCUGGAGAACCUAAGAAUGAAUGUAAAGCUAGAGUCUCGAUCAAGGCAUGACAUUAGUACAUCACCAAAUUCAAAGUCAAUCAAUAUAUCACAGUCUGAAGAAGAAACAAUGGUUCAAUAUAAAUCUAAUUCAGGCUCCAAUCCCAUUCUGGUUGCUAUGGUGAUUUUGCUAAACAUUGGUGUCGCCAUUUUGUUUAUUCACUUUUUUAUUUGAAUGCCUAUUUGUCAACUUAACUAAGUGAAAACACAAACUGUGUAAAAGAAAACUGAUGUACUUCAAUAUGAAAAAGUCUGAGAACAUGGUCAAGUUCUUCACAUUUUGCCUUUCCUAGAUACGAAUACUGGAUUUUAGUCAAAGUUAAUGGCAUAAAUAAAAUAGCUCUGUGGCAUGACAGAAUGGUAAAAUAUGCUUCCCCAUUACUUCAAUGAUUUAAUAUGCAUUGUUUGAAGAAAAGAACUGUAGACAAACUAGCCAGAAGGUAAUGUUAUCUUAGUUCUGGCAUCAAGGAAAUGAAAAAAAAAAUUUGGUUAUCCAUGAGGAUUUAUUCUGAAUGUACUCAAGAUGCUGUAGUUAAUGUAUUUUUCUUUUGGUCUACUCAAGUCAAUUUUCAAAACUAUAAUGUUCUAAUGUUUGUUGUUGUGGAUACAUUCAUAAUAUUUUGAUUAAAAUGAGCUGAAAAACACAGUAAUUAUACCAUAAAAACCAUUAGGUUCAAUUACAAGCCUAUACAAUUAUUUAAUAACUUUAAUCAGUUCUUUUUUUAGAAAAGAUAUUCUUCUGAAGACUGCUGUAGUUUGAAAGGUGAGAGAGGAUAUAUUAAUCUUUAGUAUUACUGCACCAAAACAAAAAUCAGACCCUGCAAAUGGCUGUUCAGCUCUUUCUGAGGAUGUGAAAGAAGAAAUGUUCCUUGCUCCAAAUGAAACCUUUUCUAUAAUUCUAUUUUGUAAUAUUCAAUAUUUUAAAUUUUAAUGAAAACGAUUUUCCUGACAUGAAAAUAUACACAUCUUGAAAGUCACAAAAACAAUUCAGCACUUAAGGAGUUAAUUCUGAGUUCAAGAAUUUGUGCCUUUUGCAUCUAAUUUUUAACAGAUAUAUUUUCUCAAUUGUUUUUCAUGGUCCUCCAAUGCGGGACUGCUUCCAAAGCUGUAAGUGACAUGAAAUGUUGAAACGGUUAUUUAAAAAAAACCUUGUAAAUAUAAGGCAAGCUGUGGAAUUAAGAAGAUUUGACUUUGCCUUUGAGAUAGAGAUUUGAUAAUUAAGAAAUUAGAGAAUUCAACAAAAAGGGAAAUUGUUUCUUUAUUCAAUAUCAAUCCAAUUGAAAUUUAGCUUUAGUUAAUUCAAACAAGUAGUUAAGUGCAAACUCUCCCAUAGCUAGUUCUCAAAUAUUGAUGUCCAUCCACAAUACACAUUUGUAAAUUAUUAAUAAAUACAUAUUAUUUCUUGAUCCCUAAUAAUAGAAGAUAUGAUUAUUGUAAUUUAUUGUUCAUAAAACAAUGGUUCCUAAAUGUUGUCAAUAGCUUAAAAUAAGGCAUAA